AUUUGUUCGUCGUGAUCACAAGUCAGCGGCACAGCAUUCGUACUACAAAGCAAAAUAUAUUGUCAAUAUAUACAGUUUGUAUAUUAAUAUAAAUAUAUAUAACAUACUGCGAGUUACACAGAAGAACUAUCCAAUAUGUCGAAGAGCGUUGAACUAAAGAACCCCAAUUUGAGUGGAAUGAGCUCAGACUUUUUGUACCACUUGGCCAUCAAUGUGCCCAAUACCGCCGAUACUAGCGAUAUUCAACAGCGAUUUGGCGAUGUUAGGGUGCUAUGCAUGGGUGGCACCAGCUCACGUAUGCGAGAUCUGGCCAUAUAUUUGCGCAAAAUAGUGGCUGUGUCGGACGAUGGCGAACCCGUGGAUUUGGCUGCGGCGGGACAUCGUUACGCCGUAUACAAAGUGGGUCCCGUGCUGUGUGUCAGUCAUGGAGUAGGAUCCUCAACAUUUUCAGUCGUGCUGCACGAGCUGCUCAAGCUGGUGAUGUAUGCCAAGUGCCCGGAUCCCAAAUUCAUAAGGAUCGGCACAUGUGGUGGUGUUGGAGUGCCACCAGGCACCGUUGUGGUCACCAAGGAUGCCUACAACGGUUACCUGCGCAACGAGCAUGAGAUCCCAAUUCUGGGAAAACGUGUUGUGCGACCUGCGAGUUUUGCCGACGAUCUCAUCAAGGAUAUCUUAGCAUAUGGAAACUUAAGUGGAGACAAUUUCGAGACCAUAAGUGCAAAUACCAUGUCCACAGACUGUUUCUAUGAGGGUCAAGGACGCACAGAUGGUGCCGUUUGUGAAUACGACGAAGCCGCCAAGAUGGAAUUCCUUCAAAAAUGCCAUAAUCUCGGCAUACGCAACAUCGAAAUGGAGGCAACAAUGUUCGCUUCGAUGACUCAACAAGUUGGGGUCAAAGCUGCUGACGUUUGUGUAACACUCAUAAAUCGUCUAAACGGUGAUCAGGUGGAAAUAACACCGGAAACCAAAGCGGACUACGAGCAACGACCAUUCCUAAUUAUUGGACGCUAUAUUCAAGGUCUGCUCUCAAAAUAAUUUAUAUUUUACUUGAGAUGAAUAACCAUUUUAUCAAUAUUAAUAUUAUUUUAUAAAUAUUUUA